ACUGCAGCAAGCGCCGGGGUGGAUCCGAGCAAAGCGGGUUGGACCCCGGCCCUCGGCUCACGGUCUCCACCUGGGGCUUAAUCGAUCGUUCGGUAUUUACCGAGCGUUUCCUUUCGUUCGUUCCUUCGUUCAGUCGUAUCUACUAAGCGCUGACUGUGUGCGGAGCGCUGUGCUAAGCACUUGGAAGGUAUAAUUCAGCAAUCAGGAGAGACCAAUCCCCGCCCCCAACGGGCCCACGGUCUAGAAGGGGCCGGACGGGACAACAACAGAAGUAAAAAGGCAUCCGUGGAAGUAAAGAGAAUUAUAUAAGUAUACUACGUGCGGAACGCCGUGUUGAGUGCUCGGGAGAGGACCCUAAUAAUAAUUAUGGUAUUUGCUAAGCGCUUACCGUGUGCCAGGCACCGUACUAAGCACUGGGGUGGAUCCAAGCAAACGGGGUGAGCCGCCGCGCCGCGUCCGACCGACGCUCAUCGAAUCGUAAUAAUUUUCCAGAUGAGGGAACUGAGGCCCAGAGAAGUGAAGUGACUUGCCCCAGGUCACGCGGCAGAGAUGGCCAGCCCGGCCUUCCCCCUCGCCUUGACCCUGAAGGAGGAGGAGGAGGAGGAGGAGAUUGGCGUCCCGGAGCUGGAGGACGGGCAGGACGAUCUGCAGAGAGUGAGGAUCUGCGCGGGGGGCUACUGGGUGCCGGCCCUGUUCGACGAGGUGGCCGUCUCCUUCUCCGACGAGGAGUGGGACCUUCUGACGGAGGAGCAGAAGACGCUCUACCGGGAGGUCAUGAAGAUGAACUACGAGACGGUGGUCUCCCUGGAAUUCCCGUUCCCGAGGCCGGACGUCAUAUCCCAGCUGGAAGAAGGGGAGGGGCUGUGGGCGGCGCCGUUUCCCGCCGACUCUGAGGAGUGGCUGUUCCCGCGAGGCGCGUUUCCGGGCUACGACGAGGCGGGCCCGAAGCUCCCGGCCGCGAUGGGCCCCCUGGGCCCGGGGGGCCCCUUCCCGGCGCUGCCGCACCCCCUGGCCCUGGGCUUCCCCUCGGACCCGCGGGGGCUGGGGGCGGGCGGCCCCUGGGGGCCCGGGGGCGAGGAGGACUACCCCCCGUUGUGCCCGGGCGGGGCCGGGGCCCUGCUGCUCCAGCAGCAGCAGCAGCGCGGGGUGCGGCGCAGCUACGACGCGGGCUUCAAGCUGGCCGUGGUGGACUACGCCGAGGUGACCAACAACUGCCAGGCGGCCAAGCAGUUCGGGGUCAUGGAGAAGAACGUGCGCGACUGGCGCAAGGUGAAGCCGCAGCUGCAGAGCGCCCACGCCAUGCGGCGGGCCUUCCGCGGGCCGAAGAACGGGCGGUUCGCCCUGGUGGACCAGCGGGUGGCCGAGUACGUGCGGCAGCAGCAGGCGGCGGGCACGCCCAUCACGCGCGAGGCCAUGCAGCUGAAGGCCCUGGCCAUCGCCCAGGAGAUGCGCAUCCCGGCCAAGGGCUUCAAGGCCAGCCUGGGCUGGUGCCGCCGCAUGCUGCGGCGCUACGACCUGACCCUGCGGCAGAAGCCGCCCCCGCCCCCGCAGCCCCUGCCCGAGGACCUGAGCGAGAAGCUGGCCGCCUACCAGCGCCGCGUCCUGGGCCUGCGCCGGGCCCACGGCUACCCGGACGGCCAGAUGGGCAACGCGGACGAGACGCCCAUCUGCCUGGAGGUGCCGUCGCGGGUCACGGUGGACUACCAGGCGGGCCGGCCGGUCCUGGUGAAGACGCCCGGGCGGGAGAAGCUGAAGGUGACGGCCAUGCUGGGGGUGCUGGCGGACGGGCGCAAGCUGCCCCCGUUCGUCAUCCUGCGGGGCACCUACAUCCCGCCGGGCCGCUUCCCCGGGGGCAUGGAGGUGCGCUGCCAUCGCUACGGCUGGAUGACGGAGGAGCUGAUGCAGGACUGGGUGGAGGCCGUGUGGCGCCGCCGGACCCCCGGGGCCGGGCCCCGCGAGCGGGGGCUGCUCAUCCUCAACGGCUUCCGCGGCCACGCCUCCGACUCGCUGCGCGCCCACAUGGAGACCCUGAGCACGGACGUGGUCAUCGCCCCCGGGGGCCUGACCUCCCAGCUGCAGGUCCUCGACCUGGUGGUCUACAAGCCCCUCAACGACAGCGUGCGCGCCCGCUACGCCGACUGGCUGCUGGCCGGCAACCUGGCCCUCAGCCCCACGGGCAACGCCAAGAAGCCCCCGCUGGGCCUCUUCCUCGAGUGGGUCAUGGCGGCCUGGGACGGCAUCCCCAGCGACGCCAUCGUGCGCGGCUUCCGCCGCUGCCGCGUCUCGGGCAGCCUGGACGACCGCGACGGGGCCGACGACGACCUGCUGUGGGAGGUGGAGGGGGCGCUCCUGGACGACGGGGACCCCCCGCCCCGGGACGGCGACAGCUAAGAAAAGCGGCCCCCGAGGAUGGGACUGAGGAGGCCGAGUCCUCGGAGAGACCGGGCCGGGGCCGGGGCCGCCCCGGGGGUGCGGCGGAUGAAGGCGGUCUCUCGGUCUCCGCCCCGGCCGGAGGAGCAGCAGAGGCACCCCCACCCACCCCCCAGUCCCCUCCCGAGACCACCGGCCGAGAGAGAGCCCGCCCGCCCGAUCAGAGACGUUGGGGGCCGGCCGGGCCGCCCGGGUGCCGUGGAGGGCCCCCCUCCGGGCCCGCGGGAGCCGCGGUGGCCCGGUGGAGUCCCUCUGGACGGACCGGCCGCAAGGGAUGACCGGCCGGCGUGGCCGGCACCUCCCGCCCCGCCCCGGGGCCUUCCCGUUGGGCCCGCCGGCGGCUCCCGCCGACCGCGAGCCCGGCUCGGGUCGGGCGUUGGGACCGUCGAAGCCCGAGCGGGAGACGGGGGCCGGGCCCGGACCCCGUCCGCCUUCCUCGGCCGGCGGGCGGGAGCCGCCGAGGGCCCCUCCCGGCGGCCACGUCUGGCCGUCCCCCCCCCCCCCGGAGGACCGCCGUCUCAGUCGCCCCCGCCUGCGGUCCUGCCUCUGUGGAAAGGCAUUUUCUCCAUCGAGCCGGAUCCCCCCCGGGGCCUCGCGGCGCCCGGAAGCCCUUCCGCGGGCGGGGACGGUGGAGCGCGGUCCGGGCCGCUGCCCCGGGGGGUGCUCAGUAAAGACCGGUCCCCCUCCGUCCCGGGGGCGCGGGCCCUCGGCACUCCGCGGCCCGAUCCGUGGCGGCGAGGAGGCCCGGGCCCUGGGGAGAGCAGCCCGUGCCCCCCUCCCCGGCCCCGGCGGCGACGACGACUCCGGGGCCUCGUCUCGGGCAGGCUCGGGCCUGAGAGAUUGGGGCCGCCGGGGGAAGCCCCUCGCCGAGCUGCGAGGAGACCCUCCCUCUCCCGGCCGGCGCGCCCGCCGCCCCGCCCCGAUCCCGGGACGGGGCCGAGCUCACCGGAGGGACGUGUGGAGGGCGGAGGCUCCCCGAAUCCCCUCCCCGACCCCGGGAGGGACGGACUGAUCCGCGAGGCGGCGUUCCGGUUUGCGUGUUGUAGGAAGUAGCGAGGGCUCGGGGGAGGUGGACGCAGGCCUCGGGGCCAGUGCCGUGCCGGGCCCGGAAAGAGCGGUGCGUCUUCUGGCUCCGGGGCCCGUGGCCGCCCUUAACUAUCCCCGCUCAGCUCCCUUCCCCCUCCCUCCCCAGAGCGACAGGGCAAGGCGCGGUCCCGGUCAGUCCUCACCACCCCUCGCCGGCUUUUCCGGGACCGGGGCGGAGGGGCGGGAACGGGCUCGAAAGCGCCGGGCCCGAGGCGCCCAACUCUCCGGGACCGACUGGUGCCCGCCCUUGGCCGCGGGGGAUCCGCUGGCGCACGGGCCCUUGUCCCCCUCGUCCUCAGGUGGCGUGUCUGACCCCUCGGCCCGGAGCCGCUCCGCUCUCGUUGCCCCGGGGGCGCUGGGGAGGGGGUCCCGGCCGUUCUGGCGCCCACGGGGCUGGGGCGUGGGGAGAGGGUCGCUGUUACUACAGGCCGGCGCCCGAGGGGGACUGCGAUGGGGCAGAGGUCUCCGCAGCCUUCUGCAGGCAGACCACGGUGACAAGGACACCUCCCUGUCCGGCCGGCCCCGACCCGGAGGCGGAUCUAUCGUCCGCUCCCCCGGCUCGGAUCGGCCCCCUGGCCCCCGGUCUGAGCGAAUGAAGUCGAGGCUCCCACCUGCCCUCCAUCCCGCCCCCGUUCUCUGACAGAAGCGCGGCCUCCCGUCUCCGACCCUGAGCGGUGACAGCCUUGGGGCCGUGAGAGGAACGGGUGCUUCCCGUUCCAUAUCCUCCCCCCCCCCCCCCCCCCGACCCCCGCCGUGUAGACCCGUGGCACAAGAGCAGCUCCUUACAGAUGGCGAUCCCCGCCCCCCGCCCCGUAUUUCCACCUCAGGGGCUCCGCCGUCCUUCCGCCACUGAACUGUGACCCUUGACCUGCCACACCGUAGCACCGGGGCCGGUCGGCCUCCCGGGAUCGCGAGUCGCCGCCGCCCUUUAUCCUGUAGAUAGAGACCGGUCCCUCCAAUAAAGUUUCAUAAUAAAAACC